CUGGCGCCACGGUCGUGGAGUUUUUUUGCGUGAAGAGAAAAAUCAUCGUCCAAGUCCACCUUUUUUUCUUACCAAUUUUAAUGUUAAAAAGAAAUCUAUACGUCCAUAGAAUCAACUGAAAUCGUAAUGUUAAUGAAUUGAAUAAUUGUUGAAAGAGUGAAUUGUGACACAAUGGCUGCGAGCGAAGUGGAAAAUUUGCGUGCUGAAGUUGAGCGAUUAGGGAGGGAUUUGGAAAUUGCAAGCAGUGAAAAAAUCCAAUCUGCACAAUAUGGGCUGGUGCUGCUGGAGGAGAAGGCUCACCUGCAGCACAAAUGUGAGGAGCUGGAGAACCUCUAUGAGAAUACAAAGCAUGAUUUGGACAUAACUCUUGAGGCUCUAGCCAAGUUUCAGACAUCACAGAAAGUGACGACAAAGACUGGCAUUGAGCAGGAGGAAUCUCUGCUCACGGAAACAGCUGCAAUGGAAACAUCACUCAAUUUGCACAUCCUCGAGUUGGAGAAUGAAGUUAAACAGCUUCGUCAUGAACUUGAACGUGUCGCCAAUGAGCGUGACCGGAUGCUCCAGGAAAACUCCGAUAUGGGUCGGGAUAAAUCCGACACGGAGGCGGAAAAGAUGAAAUUGAAAGCGGAGCUGAAGGAUUUGAAAUUUCGUGAAACACGAAUGUUGUCAGAUUACUCAGAGCUCGAGGAGGAGAAUAUUUCAUUGCAGAAGCAAGUGUCGAGCUUAAGGAGCUCCCAAGUGGAGUUUGAGGGUGCCAAACAUGAAAUAAGACGGCUCACGGAAGAGAUUGAAUUGCUCAAUUCGCAAGUUGAGGAGCUAACGAAUCUCCGGAAGAUUGCUGAGAAGCAAAUGGAGGAAGCUCUGGAGGCCUUACAGGGGGAACGGGAAGCAAAGUAUGCGCUGAAAAAGGAGCUCGAUGCACAUAUCAAUCGUGAGAGUAUAUACAACAUUAGCAAUUUGGCAUACAACAUCCGUGGGAUGGAUGAGAAUAACAUGAAUAGCGAUGGGGAUGAAGAUUUGCCGGCACUCAAGCGUAUCGAAGCGGACCUUUCGAGUGAACUCAAAUCUCCGGAUGGCACAAAGGUUGAUCUCUUCUCGGAAAUUCACCUCAAUGAGCUGAAGAAGCUGGAGAAGCAAUUGGAAUUGCUUGAAAGUGAAAAGAAGAGCUUAACGGCCAAUUUGCGGGAAUCCCAGCAGAAUUUGGAUAAGAGUCAGAGUGAUUUGCAGAGUUUCAUGUCACGCGUGAGUGUCCUAAGUGCCCAUGUUGAUGCCCUGCAGCAGCUGAAGAAGCAAAUUGAUGCUGAAGAUAUGGCCAAGAAAACGCCCAAGGAUGAUUUGAUUAAUGAAAAACUCCGUGCCGUUGUAACGCAGUACAGCAAUUGGUUCUUGCUCAGUGGCAAAGAAAUUGAUACCCUCCGUGCUGAUCUCAUUGAAUUGCAGAAGAAUCUCAAUUGCCCGGAUGCAAUGAUUCUCCUUCGCAAUGAGAUUACCAAUUUGAAGAAUAAACUCCUCAGCACCGAACAGAGAUCCCUCGAUCUCCAGAGUGACGUUGAGAUCCUCACGGCGAUCUCACAGAAUGCCGGACAGAGCCUUGGCUCAGCACGCAAUACACUAGUGGUGCUAAGUGAUGAACUUGCUCAACUCUAUCAUCUAGUCUGUACCGUCAACGGGGAGACGCCCAAUCGUGUUCUCCUCGAUCACAAGAGCGACGAUCUGGACAGUGACUCACUCUCAGCCAUUCAGGCACAAUUUAAAUCCGACACCCUCGCAUCCAAGGCGCAAACAAUCGAAGAUCUCCAAGCACUUUCGGAUGCUGUGGAGAUUCGCAAGUAUGUGGACACAGUGGCGGAUCAAAUAAAGUAUCUCAAGUCCUCUGUGGAGCGCACAAUUGACAACAACAAGCACAGUGUACGCAGCUCCACGGCCGGUGGGGAGGAUAAGGAGAAUCGCGAGGAAAUUGCAGAUCUGCAGGAGCAGAUAAUCAAACUCAAGAGUCUCCUGUCCGCCAAGAGGGAGCAAAUUGCCACACUGAGAACUGUUCUCAAGUCCAACAAAAAUACCGCAGAGGUUGCUCUCACAAAUCUCAAGUCCAAAUAUGAGAAUGAGAAGUUGGUUGUGAGUGAGACAAUGUCCAAGCUUAGGAAUGAGCUGCGACUCCUCAAGGAGGAUGCUGCAACCUUCUCAAGUUUGAGAGCAAUGUUUGCAGCAAGGUGCGAAGAGUACGUAACACAGGUGGAUGAUCUUCAUCAUCAGCUCAGUGCAGCUGAAGAAGAGAAGAAGACGCUGAAUCAACUGUUACGGUUGGCGGUACAGCAGAAACUUACCCUAACACAGCGUCUCGAAGAAAUUGAGAUGGAUCGGGAGAUGCGUCAUGCCAGACGACCUAUGCCACCAGCACGUGGUGGGUCCAAAUCCUCCUUUUCACGGACACCAAUUAGAAGUAACACCGGCAACAAUUCCAACCCCAAUAACUUCUUCUAACACGAACUCUCAAUGCAUCGCAAGAUUUUAGCUUUAGUUUCGACUCUUCUAAAGAUGUAGGAACUAUCUUGUUCAACUACAUCAUGCAAAUAUCUCUUUUAGGUUUUUUUGCGUCUUUGGAAGAGGAUGCAAUCCUUUUUUUUUUUUUUGAUUAUUUUUGGGUUUUCUUGGAGAAACCCAAAAGAAAGAAAUAGACCAAAUAAUUCAUUGGGAAGGUUCUUAUUGCGAUGAAUUGCCAAUUCCUUUAUUUUUUCUAAUCACAUUUUUGGCAAUGAAAUUGAUGAAAGUUUAUGAAUGUGGGGAACAAUAGUAUUAAAAAAGAAGAAUUGUAAUUUUUUCUACUUAUUUUCCGCAAAGUUCGUAAAAGAAGAAAGUUUUCUACAGUGCGCAAAAGAAAUUGAUUAUUAAAGUGAUUAAUUUAUCUAACACAAUUAAAAACUAUAUAAUUAUUAAUUAUAUAUAUUUUUAUAGUGCAGACACAUCUGCAAUAUUCCUCAAAUUAAUGCCCAUAAUCGCGAUAUAUUUUUUAAAAAAUAUUAUAUUUUUUAUUUAUUCAACACCAAUAUUAAAUUGUUAUAAUAUAAUUAUCAAGAUUUAUUAGAAUUUAACAUUUAUUAACCCAAUUUAUUAUUUAAAUUGCAAUAUAAAUCACUUUUUGUGCUGCAAAUUUAUUCUUCAAAAAAAAAUCAUUGAAUUAUUGUAUACUCUAACAGAAGAAAAAGAAAAAUUUUGUAUUGUGACGAAAAUUGUAAUGUGCAAGUGGAAGGAAAAACAAAUAAUUUAACACGCAUCAGUGUCCCUAAGGAUACAACAUAAAAGAAUUAAGUGAAAAAAAAAUGCUACAAAAAUUGUAUAGACAAAAAUGCGUCCAAAAAUGUUGAAGGAAUUUUUUCCUUAUUAGAAAAAAUCUUCCGUUUAUCCUGAGAAAAGAAAAUAAAUAAUAAUUUCUCUCCUGA